CCGGGGAACGGGGGGUAGGGAGCAGCCGGGCGGCCGCCGCCUCCAUCCAUCCCUCCGUCCGUCCCCUCCUUUUCUGCCCGCCGGUGCCCGCAGCGGAGCGGCACCCGCCCCGGCCGCCAUGCCCCGAGCCGCCCCGCUGCUGCUGCUGCUGCUCGCCCUGGCCCAGCGCCGCGCCUGCCUCCCCGCGCCGGCCACGGCCGCGCCCCCCGGGUCGGACCCGUGCCUCAGCCGGCCCUGCCGCAACAACGGCACCUGCUUCCCCGCCGCGCCCCGCCGCCUCCCGUCCGCGGCCGCCUACCGCUGCGCCUGCCCGCCGGGGGUCAGCGGCGCCUCCUGCCAGUUCAUUUCAGACCCUUGUGCCAGCAACCCCUGUCACCAUGGUAACUGCAGCACCAGUGGGGAUGGCUACCUCUGUGCCUGCAGUGAUGGCUAUGAAGGAGCGAACUGCGAGCGCUCUCGGCACAGCCCUCCGCUCCCUGAGCAGACAGAGGCAUCAUCUCCUCGACAAAGCAGGCCUGUCGCCUCCACGCUGGAGCCUGACGUCAUUCUGCCUCACUCACGAGCAACAGUGACGCUACCUACGUGGCAGCCAAGGGCGGGGCAGAAAGUUGUGGACCUGAAAUGGGAUGAAAUCGAGAUACUUCCAGAUGUGGCUUGUGGAAAUGCCAGUUCCAAUACCUCUGCUGGAGGCCGUCUUGUCUCCUUUGAAGUUCCACAGAAUACAUCAAUAAAAAUAAGACAAGAUGCUACUGCUUCACUUAUCCUGCUGUGGAAGGUGACAACUGCUGGAUUUAAGCAGUGUUCACUCAUUGAUGGCAGAAGUGUCACUCUCCUCCAGGCACUGGGUGGACUUGUACUUUCUGAAGAAAUGCUUGCAUUAGGAAACAACUACUUUAUUGGGUUUUUGAAUGAUUCAGUUACUAAGUGCAUUGUGGCCUUACGGUUGACUGUGAUAGUGAAAGUCAGUACCUGCAUGCCUGCGGGAAGCCAUUCAGAUAAAUUCCAGUGUUCAGGGAAAGGAAAAUGUAUCACGAAACCAGAUGAGGCAACAUUUUUCUGUGAGUGCGAGGAUGAAUACUGGGGCCCCCUGUGUGAGGAAUUUGAUGCUUGUCAAAGCCAGCCCUGCCAGAACAACGCAACCUGCACCGACCUAGCACAGAAACACAACGGGAACAAUUUCACCUGCAGCUGCCUGCCUGGUUACACCGGAGAGCUGUGCCAGUCAGAGAUUGAUCACUGCAUCCAGCAGCCAUGCCAAAAUGGAGGCACUUGUUCAUCCAACAUCCAUGGAUUCACCUGUCAGUGCCCAGAAGGGUUUUUAGGAAUCUCCUGUGAAGAAAAAAUAGACCCUUGUGCAUCAUCUCCCUGCCAGAACAAUGGAACUUGUUAUGCAGACAGACUUGUCUACUCCUGCAGUUGCAGUUCUGGAUUUACAGGACCUACGUGUGCUCAGCUGAUUGACUUCUGUGCUCUGAAUCCUUGUGCACAUGGCAUCUGUCGCAGUGUUGGAACCAGUUACAAAUGCCUCUGUAGUCCUGGUUACCAUGGCCUUUACUGUGAGGAAGAAUACAAUGAAUGCCUUUCUACACCCUGCCAGAAUGGGGCCACCUGCAGAGACCUCGAAAAUGGCUACAAGUGCUUGUGUCUUGCUGAAUAUGAAGGAAGUCUCUGUGAAUUAUACAAAGAUCCUUGUGUUAACAUCAACUGUCAGAAUGGUGGCACUUGUGACAGUGAAGGGCUGAAUGCCACAUGUAUUUGUGCACCUGGAUAUGCAGGUGAAGAAUGUGAAAUUGACGUUAACGACUGUGACAGCAACCCGUGUCACCAUGGUGGAACUUGCAUAGAUCAGCCCGGUGGUUACACUUGUCACUGUCCACAUGGGUGGGUUGGUGCAAACUGCGAAAUACAUCUGCAGUGGAAGUCCGGGCACAUGGCAGAGAGCCUAACAAACAUGCCUCGUCACUCCCUUUAUAUCAUAAUUGGGGCUCUCUGUGUAGCAUUCGUCCUGAUGCUGAUUAUUCUAAUUGUGGGAAUAUGUCGCAUCAGCCGUAUCGAAUACCAAGGCUCUUCCAGACCAGCCUAUGAAGAGUUUUACAAUUGCAGAAGCAUUGACACUGAAUUCAGUAACGCAAUUGCUUCUAUCCGACAUGCCAGGUUUGGCAAGAAAUCCCGACCUGCAAUGUAUGAUGCAACCCCCAUUGCUUAUGAAGAUUACAGCCCUGAUGACAAACCUUUGGUUACGCUGAUUAAGACAAAAGAUUUGUAACCUAGUGUAUCUUUUUUGGAUUAUUUUUCAAAAGGAUGGGCUACUAACCUAAUUUAAAUAUUUUUAAGAAGAAAGCAUAAGUAAUUUAAAACCAUUAGAUGCUUCAGAAUUUUCUGUAGAAUAUUUAAGAACCAAUUUUCUGCAGCUUUUAGUUUGGAAAAAUAUUUUAAAACAGAAUUUGUGAACUUCAUGAAUUACAUUUUAAUGUACCUUGAGCUCUAUAAACUAUAAGCUUAUGAUAGUGUGUGCUUUUUUCUUGGUAGACACUAUUACUAAACCCAGAUUGAGUUUCUUGUGCUUGUUACAGAACAGAAAACAAUAAUUAAUGAGGAGUUCUUUUUGACAUGUCAGUGCCAGCUUUCUCAGUAGAGGUAGGAAAAAUGUGAAGCAUAAUACGAUAUAUAAUAUAUCCAUUAAUUAAAAAAGUCUAAAAUGUUUGUGUUGUGAAGAAGAAACUAGUAAAAAUUAUUAUUCCUAAUCUGAAUGAAUUAGCUUUUGCCUUAUUCCAUGCAUGGAUAGAUAGCCUAUUUCUCCAUUAUUUCCUGAAAGUUGCUGGAACAUACUCUUGAGUUGAUGUUUGACAUUUUUGUAUUAGUAUUCAGGCUAAGCCUUGUAUAAUAAUUAAAGUGCCUCUUGAGGCAAAGUAAGGGCACAAUCCUUUAAGCAUUGAAAUCAAUGAAAAAACUUCCAUUGACUUCAGUGGGCAUGGGAUUAGAUCCUACAAUUGGACUGAAUCUAUAUUUUUCUUUAAAGGUUGAAGUUUUUUAUAUUGUGAGUAACCUAAGCAUAUGGUUUGAGUUGUUUGUUUCCUAAGGUUGUUGAUGUACAGUAUUGUUUCAUGAAAUAUUGUGUAUUUCUCAUAGUGCUUCUAAUUUAGGAUCAGUCUGGUUUAUUUGUGGCUGUAUUUGAUUGCUUAUGGUCUUCUUAAAAUUCUCGCUUAUUUCAGAAAAUAUUGAAUAAAUGUUAUCAA